CGGAAACGGUGUCCGCACCUGCACCGACAGCAGAACCAAAAUCGCAGGAAUCCCGGUCGAGCCCCGUCACGUUUCGCUCGUCUCUCCCACUCCCAUCCCGGUCACCGCGGUGUCCUCUGCGGCUCCAGCGCCUUUUCACGCAGGACUGAUCGCUGGAGCGUGGGGGGGAUUUUACAGUGAGGGGGGGAGAGAGAGAGAGAGAGGGAGGAAGGGCAGGUCCCUCAUCAUCAUCAUCACUUUCACUCCCUUCAUCAUUUCCAAACAUCAUCAUCAUCAACGCGACGAGGCGUGUCUGCGCUUACUACAAACACACCGGAACACUAAACCAGCAGCAGCACCGAACAAAAUGAAUCGCGUUGACCGCACGCCGAGCCCGGACGCCGUUUGAUGUAGCACGUUUUAUUAUUUAUUUAUUUCUUGAUCUGGAAAUUUCUUGACUUUUUUGCGAGAGCGAGCGAGCGAGCACUGCGGCCUUGCCUCCAGCUGAAUGAACGAUGCGGACUUUACCAGCACCCUGAUUUAGCCCCGCAUUUCCCACGGAUGACCGUUUCACCGCGCCAAACUGCGUCUCUUUUCUCCGAUCUGCGUGUUUUUAUGGGAGUGACGGAUAGCUAGUAGCCGAGAUAAAAUGUGGAAGUGGAGGCGGCUGAUGCGGUUGUCCAACCGCUCCUUAAUGGCCUUCAUCUUUUUCUUCUCCAUGUCCACGACCUGCCUCUACUUCAUCUAUGUGGCUCCCGGAAUAGUCAACACAUAUUACUUCAUGGUACAGGCUCAGGGUAUCAUGUUACGAGAUAAUGUGCGGACCAUUGGUCACAUGAUCAGGCUAUACACCAAUAAGAACAGUACUCUCAACGGCACAGAUUAUCCAGAUGGAAAUAACUCUAGCGAGUAUAUCGCUCAGCCAACCACAUAUCUCCCUGAGAACUUCACAUAUGCUCAGAACCUGCCCUGUCCCGAACGAUUACCUUCUAUGAAGGGUCAGAUGGAAGUGAACAUGACCGAGGUUCCUGUGGAAGAGACUGAACUGAAGCUCAAACAUCUGGACAUUCAAAACGUACGUCUUCCCUACAAUGAGUUUUUCGGUGGAGUCAGUGGACUUACUGUUGAACAAUUCCUUAAGAUCAAUGGCUUUCCCAAUGCAUUCUGGGGCUGGGGCGGAGAGGACGAUGACCUCUGGAACAGGGUACAUUACGCAGGUUUCAAUGUGACCAGGCCAGAAGGUGAUAUUGGGAAAUACAAAUCUAUCCCCCAUCACCACAGAGGAGAGGUGCAGUUUCUGGGGAGGUACAAGUUGCUGAGGUACUCUAAAGAACGACAGCAUCUGGACGGCUUGAACAAUCUGCAGUACUCUCCAGAGAUCUCUCUGAGCAGCCUGUAUAAGAACAUCACAGUCAAUCUGAAUCCCGAGCUGGCCCCCAUAGCAGAGUACUGACAGGCUGUGACCCCCAAGUCAAAAAAUGUGAUGUAUCAAUGCCAAAUGCCCUUAAAAAACAGGAGCGAGGAGGGCAGAGGCCUGUCUAAUGCACAGUUAGUUGCGUGACGGGAGUGUGCGUGUAUGUGUGUGAUUACUGGAUCAUAUCUGUGAAAGCGUAUUAGCGUGACUGCGUGCGUUUAAUUGCAUGUUCCUAUGUCCAUGCUGGCUUUAGCGAAUCCGAUCACAACACAUUUAAAAAAAGCUGGGGAGUGCCAGCGUCAACAAAUCAGAUGUUUACUGCAAAGCCUUAAUUGAAUUGAAUAGGCUAUCAAACUCUAUAGAUCCAGUCAUCUGUGCUUACAUUGUAGAAAGCUUGGUUUUACAUUGCAACAGCACUCUUGACACCAAUAGACGUUUUGUCAUGUUCUGUUUUUUUUUUUUUUUUUUUAAAGGAAAUUGUUUAGAAGACAUCGAUGCAGUUUAAAUGGAUGUAUUUUAAACCUGUUCUUCACUUCAGAUCGUUUUGUUCUUGUAUUACGAUAUACAUUUCACCUUGGUGGUGUGUUAUGUUAUGUUUUUUUUUUCUCCCCCAAAUCCCAUGGCUAUACAGAAGGCUGUGACAAGUUGCAUGCAUGACCCAGACUCCCCUGUAAAUAUCUGGCCUUUUAAAUGAUCCUUUAGCUUUGUCCCCCAAAAGACGCCUGUGAUUCCAGUGGAAACACUCUUCUUUUUGGCAGCUAUUUGUUUAUUUUGAUUUCGGUUCAUUUUAUUAAUGAUUUUUUUUUUUUAUCUUCAAUGGUUUGGGACACAUGACAGAUAGACAAAAAAUAUCAGCAAUGACCAUAGAAUGCAGGAAACCGAAUCAAAAAUGACAUACAGAUAUCAUUACUUGCUGCAUGCCUUAAUUUAUUUUUUGUUACGUGAUUAUUUUGUCUUAAACUUUUAUUUUUCGUCAUAUUGAAUGUUUUUUGUCUUCGCUUUUGUUAAUAUCAUAAUCAUUCUCAUGUCUCGCUUUUGAAGUGCACUCCACAGUAGUCAAAGAAGAUGUAAUUGAAACGAUAGCGAGGUGUUUACGAGACAGGUCGUUCGCAGGAAGACCUGGUGGUCAGUCGGGUUCGCAGCUGCUAAAGCCAAGACGCCCUUCGCAGGGUUUGGCAUUUGUCUCAACCUCUGUGUUUUUUGUCUGUUUGUAUGUGUAGCUCUCGGUGUGAAGUACUGGGUGACGUUGCGCUCCGGUAGGUCCGAGAUGAGAGAGCGAUGUCGCCGUUGCUCUUGAAUGGCAUUCGGAGUACACUUGGGCCAUGACGACUUUAUGCUGUUAAAGUUUCGAGCAUUACAAGCUGUUGGAAAACUUUUUGUUGGCACACAUUUGCCUUUUGUAUAUAAUUUUAAUUUGUUGGUGUUGUCGAUAUAACAUGUUGCAUUCAUUUUUUGUGUAUAUUUUAAGUUAUCAUAUAUAUGUCCUAAAACUGCUGUUUCAUAUCCUCUCGUGCUGUAUGUGUGUCCACUCAGAGAAUUACACAUUGAGGGCGAGAUUUUGUCAGUGGCGUAGUUUGCGACACUAACUGGACUCUCUGACACUUAAAGUUGAGCCACACUCACACCUCACAAAAAACGCUUUAUUGUGCCUGGUUUCGAGGCUUUUCAUCUGCGUGUCUCUGAGGUGUAGAUGAGCCAUGGCUUCUCUUUGGUCGUCCGAUUGCAUUGUCUUUUUCUGAGUGGAUGUCUUUUUAACACUAGUACGGUCUCCUCCCAUUGAUGGUGUCCCCGACGUGAUCUCCAGUGCCCAGUCUGUUGUUUACUGUCUCUUCUUAAAACAUCAGACUUACAGUUGGGUCUAAUCAGACCUGUUUACUGUGGUUACGGGUUACAAAAAACCAUUUGACCAACUCAGACAAGGAAUCGAAGAAUACUGUCAUAUAAUAUACUGAAUAUGAUAUGGAGGUUACUGGUGCCAAAGUCCGCUUUUCCUUUUCCUUGUCCCUUUCGCUCUCCUCAUCUUUCAGCAUUGGAUAGUGAAAUGUAGCUCUAGGACAUCAGAUCAAUCUAAACUUUUCGAUCCAGUCACUUUGAGUGUUUUUCGACAUGCGUGAGUUUGUGUAUAUGUGGUGUCACAUUCAUGUGCAGUCCAGUGUGAGAGGAUUGCUGUAGGUUGUAGAACGACAUUAAGCGCAGCUGAAAAACCCCUCGCCUUGCUUUUUCACCGCACAGGGCCAACAAAUUUACAUAAGCAAAGUUUAGGCAAAGUUGGCGUCAAAUGUGCUAUUGGUUUACGCCCUGUGUUCGUGUUGAAGCAGCCGGUGAGAUAUAACCACUUAAUAGGUGUUGUUUAAUGUAAAAAAUAGGCAUUUAACAUUGGGUUUUGGCUUUCAAAGAGGGAAGUGUGGCUUAUGAGCACUAGUUUCCAGAAUGCUCAAAUAAACGAGUAUCAUUCCACCUUCACAGUGCACUGUUUUUUUUUGUUUUGCAGGCACUUUAACAGAGUAAUGAUUAGUCUUAUGCUGCAAUACGAAGUCAGAUAGGCCUGUUACGAUUUAAUCAUUAGCUUUUGCACCACAGCGAAAUGGUUUUAUUUGGAUACACAGAUUGGGACUGAAAUGUACACAUUAUUCUUAAAGUAAGGUGGGUUGCAAUAUGAAUACUGAAUGUUACGUUUAUUUUUCUUUUCUUUUUUGGUAGUGUAAUGCCGGUCCGUUCCUCUGAUAUUGAAGAGAGUUGUUUUUUUUGUAAAACAGACCAGUGAGACUGCUCUGGUGUGUUUGGAUCUGGUGCUUAGUCAGUUAUAGCUUUUGAGGAAACUUUGUUCAGUGCUGUCUGCUAAUUUAGAUUAAUCUCAUUUUUCACCCCAAACCCACCGCUCUCAUAGCUGCCCCAUCCUGUUCAGCUGUCUGAAAAAUAUCCAGAAAUAGAGAAUUUCAAAAGAUGAUUUAUUCACCAUUACAGAUCUGUAAUGUGUAGAGUGUUACAUUUUUGCAGUAUUCAUAUUUGUGCCUUGAUUUUUUUAUUUAUUUUUUCAUUUUCGCAUUGAGAUGUGCAGUGGGGUGUGUGUGGAUGGUGUUUAAAAAUAAAACCGGGUGAACAUUUACAUUUUCUUUUACUCAAAGUUUUUAUUUCGAUCUGGAGCUGUGUCUUUAGAACUGAAAUGUCUGCUGGUCAUUGAAUUGAAAAACAUGAGGAUCUUCUCCUGUGUUUGUGUUUCUCUAAUGUUGAGGGUCCACUUUAACUGUAACACCAAGCAGAAUGUCUUGAGAUACCAGCUGCUUUGACUGACAUGUACAAUCCUGGUUCCAGAUUUCUUUUUCUUUUUUUGUUGUUGUACCGGUCUCUUCACUGCGUUUCGCUCUGUAAUGAUCAUUAAAAGACUUUAUAGUUGAAAACUUACUCAGAGUCUGAUCUCUUUAAUUGGAGGAAAGUGGGUUCAAUCAAGGUC